UGCUGCUGUCGGUUGUGUUCGCGCUCCGGUGACUGUGUACAUCCUGAAUAUCCUGCCUGAGUCGGGGACCUCGACUUUCUCGGAGCCAGCUCGGGCACACACCUGUGCGCUAUCUCCCUCCACUGGCGACUAACGACUUGGCAAACGAUUGGCAAUAAUAGCGGUCACCAGAAGGAGCCCAAAGCGAGAGAGCAAAUGUCAGGCAGCAUGUCGUGCCCAUUUGAGAGUCCUUUUCUGUGGCAUUAGGGCAACAUUUGGAGCGGGCAACUAAGCGCACACCCCAAAAAGCACCAACUGUGGUCAGUCAUCACCAUGACGCUUCUGCAGAGACUCCAGGCCAUGUCGGCCACCACAACCAGGACGAUGCUCGAGGGCAGCAUUAGCAUCGGGAUCGGGAUCGGGACAAAGGAGCCGCCGGCAGGACUCCAACUGCCCGUGCUGGAGGAGUCCGCCUCGCAUGCCCGAUAUUUGAAAUUCAUCGCCGACGGACUCAUCGACGAAGGCAUGGGGGGUAGUGCGGUGGGCAGCGGGAGCAGCAUCGCCGUAGCCGUCGAAGACGUGGUCGCCGGACAGGCGCAGGAUAUCCAGGCGGGCGAAGGAUCCACCGACGACGCCGACGGCAGCAGCCAUCUGGCAUUAGUCUUCGUCAAGUGUUUCAUUAUUGGUUUCAUCAUACUGGCCGCCAUCCUGGGCAACAUGCUGGUGAUUGUGUCCGUCAUGCGCCACCGGAAAUUGCGCAUCAUUACCAACUACUUUGUGGUCUCGCUGGCCGUCGCCGACAUGCUGGUGGCCCUCUGUGCGAUGACAUUUAAUGCUUCCGUCAUGAUCUCGGGCAAGUGGAUGUUCGGAUCCGUGAUGUGCGACGUGUGGAACAGCUUCGACGUCUACUUCUCCACCGCCAGCAUCAUGCACCUCUGCUGCAUAUCCGUCGACAGAUACUACGCCAUCGUCCAGCCGCUGGACUAUCCUCUAAUCAUGACGCAGCGGCGCGUGUUCAUCAUGCUGCUGAUGGUCUGGCUGUCGCCGGCUCUCCUCUCGUUCCUGCCCAUCUGCUCAGGAUGGUACACAACGACCGAGAACUAUAAGUAUCUCAAAUCGAAUCCGCAUAUAUGCGAGUUCAAAGUGAACAAGGCUUACGCCAUAGUCAGCUCGUCGAUGAGCUUCUGGAUCCCCGGCAUCGUGAUGCUGUCGAUGUACUACCGCAUUUACCAGGAGGCCGACCGGCAGGAGCGCCUCGUCUACAGAUCCAAGGUGGCCGCCCUGCUGCUCGAGAAGCAUCUGCAGAUUAGCCAAAUUCCCAAGCCGCGCCCGAGCAUCCAGGUGGAGCAGUCGACCAUCUCGACGAUGCGGCGGGAGCGGAAGGCCGCCCGCACCCUGGGCAUCAUCAUGAGCGCCUUCCUCAUCUGCUGGCUGCCGUUCUUCCUCUGGUACAUUGUAUCCUCGCUGUGCGAUAGUUGCAUCACUCCGCGCCUCCUCGUUGGCAUCCUGUUUUGGAUCGGCUACUUCAACUCGGCCCUGAACCCCAUUAUUUAUGCAUACUUCAAUCGCGACUUCAGGGCCGCCUUCAAGAAGACCCUCAAGAGUCUCUUUCCGUAUGCCUUCUACUUUUGCCGCCGAGGCAGGGGGCGGGAUGAUGACCGGGACCUGGAGUUCGGCAAUCCCAGCCGGCGGGGAACCAAUGGCAACCAGCGCGCCGGAUCCGGAUCCGCCGAGCUGGCCAACUGCGUCAACUCCACGGCCUCGUCGGAGAUUCACAUGAGCGUGAUGCGUGCCCGCCAGUAUGCCGUCAAUGUCACGCCCACCACGGAUGCCCAGAUGCAGCAGCUGCAUCCCCUCUACACCAACUAGACCAGCAUGGCGUAUACUUGAUUUCAGCUCCAGUGCCCCACGAUGAUGAUGAUGUCUGCAGAUGACGACUGUUCAACUGUUCAACUGUUCUCCAAAACACCAGAAUGCCAGCUUACAAAUAAAUUACUCGAUUACUCGACAAAAAACAUUCCUCAAGAGGGCUGAAAAAGAAUUUAACCACAAACAAUAGCUACAGCAAGAGCAACAAUACGACAAUCCCACAGAUUAAAGAAAGCCUUCAAUAAAACAACAAAUUGACGUGCAAAAUGAAUUGAAAUAUAAAUAGAAAUAUUUCGACCUAAAUAUUUACCUGUCACCGAGUCAGGAAUUUCAUAAAGAGAUGUUUAUAAGUGCGCAAGCAAAUAGAUAUGUGAAUUGAAUGUUUGAUAUACGUAUAUAAAAAUGCUAGAUGUUAACCCACAAAAAUAUGAGAUAUGCAUUGAUUGAAAUAAUACUCGAAAAGAGAAAAAUAUAAAAGCUACAAUUACACUGUGCGACAGUGGCUUUGUACUUCAUCUGAGAAAAAGAGUAAGUUUAUAGUUUGAUUGAGUAAUUCUUGUAAUUGAUUUUUUUCCGCCUCUGAAUUUGAUUAUCUCUGGAGAGUUUAAAACAAAGUUGAAAUUUUUUCAAUUUGGAAAUGAUUUCUAAGCUUUUUGAUUUAAUUUUAUUCGAUUAGCGAAUAAAGACUGAUUUUUUUUGUAAGCUCAGUUAAAGGCCAAGUUGAAUUUUGUAAUAAGUUUUGUAAAUAUAAAUACUUGAGUAAAUCUUCUUUAACUUUGUUUGUAACUUUAAUUCCUAAUUCUUCAAACAUACGGACAAAGGUCAUUUAAUUCGUUUAAAACCUUAAAAUAAUGUAGUUCAUUUAACUAACAUCAAUUUAUAUAUGUCAUAAUGCAUAAACGUAUAAACUAAAUAUAUAGAGCCUAAAGCACGACCAACAUAUCCAUUGGGUCUAUUAGCCUCAGUACUUAGCCAUCAACUUUGAUGUUUCCCGACUUUAAGUCCCACACUGUUGUUGUAGUCGAGUUAGGGCUAGAGCUAUAUAUUAUAUACGAAAUAUACCUGUAGCUAUGUACCUCUAUCUGCAAAUAGAUGCAACCGACAUUCAUAGAACUGUUCUGUGACUAAUUCCUACACAACGCUACUCUUUGCCUGGACAAUCUCAACGGAGCACAAUAAACUUAACCUUCAGACUCCAAGCCUGUUUAGUUAACUUUCGCUUUCGUCUCGAAUUAGUAGGAGAAAUAAGAGAAAUUAUCAGUAACUGCCACGCCCUAUUUGUCACCGCCAUUGCACCCAUAAAUCAAAGGUGGUUCAGCGGAAAGCUGGCUGGAAUUGUUUGCCUAAAAUAUCAAAUCGUUGCAAAAAAUAUAUACGACAUGCAUAAAACGCCGACUUUUACUUACGAUUCAUAGUCAUUAUUUAAAGCGCCGGCUUAAGAGCUCACCGCCGUCGACAAAUGAGCAUCGGCCGUCUCUUUCGGCGGCACUACACCCCUCCUUUUCUGUCAAUAUUUGCUUUAUUUAACUCGCAACGGCGCUUUGUUUAAACUGCGGAACGCCCACGAAAAAGUUGGCAGUCAGCAGUGUUGAUAACAUUUCAAAUGUAGCCAAAUAUUGUUAACUAAAUUACGCGUCGAACGAUAAGAGCCUCGAGUACAAAAUGCGAAUGCUCUUUAAACAGUUUUCCUUUCACUAAAAUAACUUUAAAGUAUUUAUUUUUGCUUACAUAAGUCAUUUCUUUGUUGCCACAAGUGUUUCCAGGUGCAAUGCACUUCGGUAGAAGGUCCACUGAAAUAUUGCAUCCGUUCAUCGAGGAAAUGAAACACACGAGUAUAUAUCUUAUCAAGUCGAAUACAGCUGUGUUCAAGCUAUAAUAUAUAUGAUGUCUAGAAUAAUUAAAAUAAAUUACAAAUAUUAUAAUUACAAUAUUUUCAACACAGCUGUAUAUUAAAAACCUCAAACAAGUAGUGUUCAGACUACUUCCCCUUACCCCAUGAAAUAAGGGUAUUUUCUCGUAAAAGUGUGGCACGUGUCCGUAAACCACCUGGAUCGCAGCACCAACAACAAAAACGGCCAUAAUUAACAAAUAUACGAUUUAGUUUAACCGCAAAUUGGCAUGUCAACUCAUGGGGAGCAUGUGACUUUAAAUAAAAGCAAACUAAAAGGUGGCGUAUACGUAAAAGUAAAUAAUUAAAUUAUGGCAAUUAGGUAAAGCUCACGACGAUUACAGUCGCUUGGAAAAGUAUGCUAAGUCAUUCCAUGAUGCAAUCAUAAUUUGAUAAGUCAAAAAUUCUCGCACAUUCCACACAGACUCUUUAAUUACAAUGACUUGUGCAACUAUUUCUGCCAGCGACUGUAUUUUGAUCUUAUGACUGAUUCAUUUUAUUUCGAUUUCUACGUUUUUCACAGUGAUUGUUGCGAAAAAAGAAAUACAACGGAUAAUUUAGCUGAGAGAGGCUCAAUGUUCAAAUGCAAAUUCUCAUUCAAAUGCACUCAUAGAAAUCGAAGCCAAACCAAAUUAAAUUUAAUUAAAUGUCCAACAGAAACGCUGAGCUGAAGCUUAUUUUGUAACAAAAAAAAAGAAACUGAGUGUCUAAAAAUAAUGGUAGUCAAAUAAUUGUUGAAUAUUGUAUGUGUUAUGCAUGUGAAUAGUUGGAAUCAAUGCAUUAAAAAGCGAAACAAAAUAAAAGAGAAUUUUAAAAUCAGACCACAUUAAGGUGAUUACUAAUUAAUGCGAAAUUCAUAUGUUCAUACGUAACUCGGCCACAUGGCAUUAAAUAUGAAUUACAAAUAAAGGUGACAAACAAGAGGAAAUGUUAAUUAAAUUGCGGAAAAUAUUUACAAAACAACUAACAGCUAGCACGGAUCUUGUGGUCGAUUGUCGGUCAAUUUCGGAAUUGUACUCAGAUACCUUCCAAGUUUCACAAGAAUAAAACCAUAGGCGAAAACCCCUCGACUUAAGUAAAUGUUAACAUGUGCGUUUUUCAGUGGAAACUAUAUUAAAUUAUACAUAUAUAUUUAUUAUACAAAGGGAUAUGUUUACGGUGUAUGCAUGUAUUGUAUAUAGUAUCUCGAUACAUAUAAAUUAAUGAAAUGAAGCAAUUACAAUCGUAUGGAAUAAAAGUAAAGGUAAUAAUAAAAAGGUUCAAAACAUCA